ACACGUUGAGCUGUUGAGUUGUCAGUCAAUUACAGGCGCAAAUCUCCCCACCGGCAAAGCUACGUCGCUCAUCGUAUAUUCGCGUUUAAAUUGUUCUCCGUACGAAGUGAGCUGUUUUGGAUUCCGCGAGGUUUCAGACGCCAGGGGGAGAUGGUGGUUUUUGAUCUGCCAUAUCUCAGUCAGGAAGGAAGCAAACCUGCAGAUUUGAGCUAAUCCGUUUUUUUAUUUGUUUUGUUUUUUCAUAUUUCAUUCUUACUGCCUUAUUGGAGAUGAAAACAACGCUCUUAGUGGUGCAUGUCAUCUCAUGCUGCUGGCUGGUGGGAGCCACACUUUCAAAAACUGAUGCAAAGAAGUCGCACAAAGCUGAAGCUGAGACAUCACCAGCUGAUCUGUCUGUGCUGGACAGAGGCCUUGUUGUGACAGACGUGCAAUGGAAAGACAUAGUGAAGGAGGAAAAGAGACACUGUGCUACCAUCAAGAAGACAUUUCAAGGACCGGUGCUUGGAUAUGUCACACCUUGGAACUCCCACGGUUACGACGUCGCCAAGACGUUUGGCACCAAACUGACGUCAGUGUCUCCGGUUUGGCUUCAGCUCCGCCGACGAGGACCUGAAACCUAUGAUGUCACAGGACUCCACGAUCAUGACCCAGGCUGGGUCAAAGCUGUACGCAAGUCUAACAAAAAAGUCAGGAUGGUGCCUCGGCUGUUAUUUGACGGCUGGUCCUACCAGGACUACAUGAGCGUACUGGGGAGUGAGGAUGAAAUCGAGGAGCUGGGAACUGAGCUGGUGGAUGUUGCAAAGACCGAAGGCUUUGAUGGCUUCACGUUAGAACUGUGGAGUCAGCUGGGAGGAAACAAAAGAAAGGAACUGGUCCAUUUAGUGAAACACAUAUGUGAGACUUUGAAAGCUAAAAAACUAGACUGCAUUCUCGUUAUUCCACCAGCGGUGACAAAUGCGGGGCAGCCGGGCAUGUUUGGCAGAGAGGAGUUUGAGCAGUUGGCGCCGGUGGUCGACGGAUUCAGCCUCAUGACGUACGACUACUCCAGCGGGGCCAGACCAGGCCCGAGCUCUCCUCUGCCUUGGGUGAGAGACUGUGUUCUCCAGCUUGCACCCAACACUCAAUGGAGACACAAGAUCUUACUUGGACUCAAUUUGUACGGCCUUGAUUUUGCGAGCCAGGCAACAGAGCCGAUCCUAGGCGGAAGAUACAUUGAGAUUUUGCGAGAACACAGGCCAAAAAUUCUCUGGGAUGACAAUGCUGCAGAGCAUUAUUUGAAUUACAGGAACAAUGCUAUCAAGCAUGUGGUGUACUAUCCAUCACUGAAGUCAGUCUACAUGAGGAUCUCUUUAGCCACUGAACUAGGAACAGGAAUUUCCUUAUGGGAACUGGGACAAGGACUGGAUUAUUUUUACGACCUCCUAUGAGAGUUGGACUUGCAGGUGAAGACUGGAGCUUGGAUUAUCAGCACAUGGAUUUUUCUUUUCCAUUGAACAUGGUCCUGUACAGUUUUUUUUGUCCUUAGUCUCUCUGAGCGGCUGAAAUGAACUCUGAAAUGAGCCACUGACGGGGUUUAGUUAAUGCUCAACUUGUUUGAGGAUCACAAAAGUGUUGGGAAAUCACGACGCCUUGAAUGAAACUGGGGUUUGCUUAUUUAAAAAGUCCUUUCGGCCAACAAUAGGUACUUCAGUAAGUUUUAUUUCUUUUCAGUGAUAUUGUGAAACAAGUGCAUUUCAGUCAGAGUGCGGUGCAUUUAACAACAGACGGUGCAUGAUUAUCGGUAUGUACUCAGUUAAACUGAAGUGAAUUCAUUUAGUUUGGAACCUGCAGCAUCUCUCCAGCCCAAAUCCUGAAACCAUCUCUGCUCUCGGAUCUAGCUGCGCUUGCUGAGAAGUUUCAUCCGUCAUCAGGAAAACAUCUGCUUCUUUUCAUCGUUUUUAAUAUUCAGAUCAAAACAUUAGAUCGCGUGGCUUUUAUUAGGUUUAUAAUAACAGCAUUGACAAGUAAUGUGGUGCUAUUUGCUGUUUUGCCAAACAUCUGUUCUGACCAGCAUCUUCCAAUAUUUGUUACAUGAAUAUAAAUGUGGGACAACGCA